AUGUCAAUCUUUACGAACCGUUUCAUGAUUUUUGUGGUUCUUGUUUGUUCAGUAGUUGUAAUCAUUGGCAACAAGUCGGUGUUAGCGCAAUGUCAAGGUGACGUGCAAGGACUCAUUGAACAAUGUGCACGUUAUGUACAGAAAUCAGGCCCUAUGAUUCAGCCAUCUGGUGGUUGUUGUAGCGUUGUCAAGAACAUAGACUUGGCCUGUGUGUGCGGCCAUAUUACGAUUGAGGUCGAGAACAUUAUCAGCAUGGAGAAGGCGGCAUUCAUCGCUCAAGCUUGUGGAAAACCACUUAGCCAUGGAACCCAAUGUGGAAGUUAUGUUGUGCCAUGA